GAUCGCGCGUCCGCGCCCGCACGACCACGCGCGAUGAUGCAACAGGGCGGUCAAGGGCAACAAAUCAUGGUGAUGAACACCAACGCCAAGCGCGAGACGGGUUCGAUCGCGCGCGCGAACAACAUCGCGGCGGCCAAGGCGGUGAGCGACAUCAUCCGCACGACGCUCGGGCCGAGGUCGAUGUUGAAGAUGAUUUUAGACGCUUCGGGAGGCAUCGUGUUGACGAAUGACGGGAAUGCGAUUUUGAGAGAGAUCGACGUCACGCAUCCGGCGGCGAAGAGUAUGAUUGAACUGUCGCGCACGCAAGACGAAGAAACCGGGGACGGGACGACGUCGGUGAUUAUUCUGGCUGGUGAAAUCCUUCAUCUGUCGCAACAGUUUUUGGAAAAGAACAUUCACCCGACAGUCAUCGUGAGGGCGUACAUGAAGGCGUUGGACGCCGCAUUGAAAGUGAUUGAUUCAAUUAGUUUUCCCAUCGAUGUCACGAAUCGUGAUGAGAUGAUGAAGAUCGUCAAGAGCUCUGUCGGCACCAAGUUUACCGCGCGCAUGGGCGAACUCAUUCCAAACUUGGCGCUCGACGCGGUCAUGUGCGUGGCUCGCAAAAACGCCGACGGCACGAACGACAUAGACAUUAAAAAGUACGCCAAGGUGGAGAAGAUUGCGGGUGGUUCUAUCGAUGACUGCACGGUGCUACGAGGAGUGAUGAUGAACAAAGACGUCGUCGCGCCUGGACGAAUGAAGCGACGAAUUGAAAACCCGAGAAUCAUGCUUCUCGACUGCCCAUUGGAGUACAAAAAGGGCGAGAACCAAACCAAUGUGGAAAUCACCAAGGAAGAAGAUUGGGCGGUGUUGCUGAAGAUGGAGGAGGAUUGGAUCAAAGAGACGUGCGCGAAGAUCGCGGCUUUCAAGCCCGAUGUCGUCGUCACCGAAAAGGGAUGCAGUGAUUUGGCUUGCCACUACCUUUCCAAGGCGGGCAUCACCGCAUUGCGACGCGUCCGCAAGACCGAUAAUAAUCGCAUCGCGCGAGCCGCGGGGGCCACCGUCGUUUCUCGCGUGGAUGAGCUUCGUGAAUCAGACAUCGGCACCGGUGCUGGUUUGUUCAACGUCGAGAAAAUCGGUGACGAAUAUUUCACCUUCGUCGUCGACUGCAAAGAGCCCAAGGCGUGCACCGUCGUCCUUCGCGGCGCGAGCAAGGAUAUUUUGAAUGAAAUUGAACGCAACUUGAUUGACGCGAUGGGCGUAGCGAGGAAUGUCGUCCAAGACCCGCGACUGUUGCCCGGUGGCGGUGCGGUCGAAAUGGCUGUCUCUCGCGCGAUCGCGGAAGAAGCGACGAAGAUCGAGGGUGUGGAGCAAUGGCCGUUCCGCGCCAUCGGCGCGGCACUCGAGGUCAUUCCGCGAACGCUCGCGCAAAACUGCGGCGCCAACGUCAUUCGCACUCUCACCAAACUUCGCGCCAAACACGCCGAGGGCGAAGAAGCGCGAACGUUCGGUAUUGAUGGCGAUAAGGGCACGAUCGUAGACAUGAAAGAGCUCGGUGUGUGGGAUCCGUACGCGGUCAAGGUGCAAUCCAUCAAAACCGCCGUCGAGAGCGCCACGAUGCUAUUGCGCAUUGAUGACAUCGUCUCCGGGCUUUCCCAAAAGAACUCCGACGCGGCGGGCACGGGCACGGGCGUCAGCGCGGGCGACGACGACUAA